AUGGGGCUUCCGCCGCCUGCCUCUGUGCUUUUGUGGCUUCUUCUGCAGGGCGUCCUGAAGCCGCUGUGGGGGGACCUGGUUUUCAUCCCUCCCGUCAUCCGCAUGUCCGGACCUGUGGUCAGCGCCGCCCUGGUUGGAGAUACCGAGAAUGUGACCGUGUCCCUGGCCGUGUUGCCGGAUGAGCCGGGAAUAUUACCAGUUCCAACUUGUGGAGUACCCAGCAAUGAGACAAGAGACUGGAGUUUGACUGUGACUCCCAUUGUGAACGUGUUGGAGGUGACCGUGAGCCUGAAGAGGGAUGUGGACCGCUGUCCCUCUGAUGACACCGAUUCCUUCUCAGCGUCCCCGUGUCUCCUCCAGGCUCUCCUGGUUUCGGCAUCUCACGGUGCAGCCUGCUCAGCACAUUUACUCAUCCAAGUGGAAAUUUAUGCCAACUCUUCUGUGGCCCAUAAUGCAUCAGACAAUGUGACUGCUAUACCCAAUCAGGUCUAUCAGCCCCUUGGGCCUUGUCCUUGUAACUUGACAGCUGGGGCCUGUGAUGUUCGCUGCUGCUGUGACCAGGAGUGCUCGGCAGACUCGGCAGAACUGUUCCAACAGGCCUGCUUCACCGGUGUGUUCGGAGGAGAUGUGAAUCCUGCCUUUGAUCAGCUUUGCUCCGCGCAGACGACACGCCGUGUCCCCGACUGGUUCCCCUUCCUGUGUGUGCAGUCCCCCCUUGCCAACUCGCCCUUCCUUGGUUACUUCUACCACGGCGUGGUUUUCCCGAAACAAGACUCUUUGUUGGAAAUUCCUUUGCACACUGAUCUAAAAGACUGCUCCGACUUUGGCUACAAACAAGGAGACCCGAUUAUGACAGUAGAUAAGGCAUACUUCACUAUCCCACAGGUGUCCCUGGCUGGGCAGUGCCUGCAGGACGCGCCGGUGGCAUUCCUUCACAACUUUGAUGUCACGUGUGUUCGGGAUUUGGAAGUAUACCAGGAACCAGAUGGCAUUUACCGUGUGAAGAUAAAAAAUGGCGUAAUGGGAGAAACUCUCUCAAAUAAGGGAUCGGCUCCCAGAACCGUGACUGUGGAAGAGCAUUAUGUUUUCCGAUGGAAUAACAAUACAAUCAGUGAAAUAACCGUCAGAGUUAUCAGGGCAACAGUCAGUGCCCACCAGAAAGGAACAAUGACACAGAGAUUUUCAGUAAAGUUCUUGAGCUACAACAGUGAUGGUGGAGAGGAGUUGUCUGGAAAUCCAGGGUACCAACCUGGCAAACCUGUCCGAGCGCUAAACGCCAACAGCUUGAAUAAUGGCACCACUUUGCACCUCUGGCAAUCUGAUGCCCUGUGCCCCGCCUGCCCGUCCCUGCCGCUCCUCCCGCUGGGCCCCCGGCUACCAGCAGCGAGCAAGCAGGCCCUGGAUGCACACCGAGCAGGCCUGCAGACAAGCCCUGCUUCCCAGGAGCUGACGCGUGUCCUUCUCUCUUACAGGGAGACUGCUGCGGAGACACUAGAUUCUCUAAUACAAGCAACUCAUGUUGCCGCGAGAGGCAACUCCAAACACAGCGACCUCAGCGACGGCUGGCUUGAAAUCAUUCGUAAGUCCAGGCUGCGCACGGGGGAGACGUGGAGCUUCAUCGCUGUGACAGGCCAGUUUGAGUGCUGGAAUUCUGUGGCCUAA